AAAAAUCUGAAAAAUUUUACAAAAUUUUUUGGAAAGUAAAUAAGGCCUUCACAUUUGUGACGCGACACCUUUAAUAAAAAAAAUGGAAACUGAAAGUGUCCCGAGUGCCCACCGGAACCGUGAAUUUCACAAGUGGAGGAGGGCUUGCACGCAAAAGGCAGCAACCUCAGCAGUCAGCAGCAGCAAAGCGCGUCGUGUCGUGCCAAUCCAACUCGCUGGCAGUGGCGGCUGGUGAUGGACUCCACAAGGAGCAACCAGGUCGCCGGCACGCGCAGCAGCACCAUCGCGUCGAGGGCUGCUGCCACGGCCCCGCCUUUGCUGACCAUGCCGGGCGGCGAACUCGCUGACGCCAUCAUGGGCGGCGGCGGCGGCGGCGGAGCGGACGGGGACCCGCGGGCCGCCCUCCUCCGUCUGGCUGCCCUCGGGGACCGCAUGGCCGCCGUCCGGGGCCGUAUCUCCGCCUCCAUCUCGGGCGAGGCCCGGCCCCUCUCCUACGCCGACAUCCAAUCCGUCUCCUCCGAGAUCUCCUCCGCCGCGCAACUCGUCGUCCUCAACGCCGCGGAGCUCCUCGCUUGCUCCGUCCCCUUCCCCGCCCCACUUCCACCUCCUCCCUCCGCCGCUCCUUCUCCCGCUCCCGUCCGAGAGAUCCCCGCUGUGGCCGCCUCCGUCCAAGAGCAGCAACCCCUGGAGGCCGCCAAGGGCGACGGCGGCGGCUACGAGGUCGUGGAGCUCGACGCCGCCGAGCUGCUAGCGGAGCACGUCCACUUCUGCGAGAUCUGCGGCAAGGGCUUCCGCCGCGACGCCAACCUCAGGAUGCACAUGCGCGCCCACGGCGACCGCUUCAAGACCCUCGACGCGCUCUCCCGCCCUGGCCACGGCCACGGCCAGCCGCCCAAGCUGCCCGCGGGCAGCAACGUGCGCUUCUCCUGCCCCUUCGCCGGCUGCAACAGGAACCGCGCGCACCGCCGCUUCCGCCCGCUCAAGUCGGCGGUGUGCGCGCGGAACCACUUCCGCCGCAGCCACUGCCCCAAGCUCUACGCCUGCGAGCGCUGUGGCGGCAAGAAGCGCUUCGCUGUCCUGGCCGAUCUCCGCAGCCACCUCCGCCACUGUGGGGAGGAGGCACAGUGGCGCUGCUCCUGCGGCACCACCUUCUCCCGCAAGGACAAGCUCUUCGGUCAUCUCGCGCUCUUUGAAGGCCACACGCCGGCAAUCACUAAGCCAAACAAGGAUGUGGUGACAGGACCUACAGAGUCCACCAUUGAUGCUAUGGAGGAAGGGGGAUUUGAAGAAGGCAAUCCUGACCGGGAGGAGGAUGAGGAGGGUGGUUAUGAUCCAGAGUUCUUCAAGGAGUGGAUGGAGGAGCUCAGAGGUGGUGCUAGUGGCUCCAACUGGCCUGGACCAGCGGCAGCCGGACAAUAGCAAUGUUGUGAGGGCUAAUUGGGAUGAUUAUGUGUGUAGCAUUUCUGAAGUGGCUCUUGUAUUAGGUUAGGCCAGGCAAGUGGCACCUUAACAUGGUAUUUUUACAACUAUAAAUUCACUUUUCACUGUAAUGGACAUCUUUUGGCGCUUUAAAUGUGAUAUGAAUAAGAUGGUUGUUUCAGCCCCUUCUUCAUCAUCCUUUUUUGGACUAGUACUUAGACCACAUAUGCUUUAUUCAUGGUUCAGGUGAUAAAUAGUAUAAUUUGCUUUCCCUAUUGUGAUAGAAUGUAAACGACUAUUGAAUCUAGGGCUAUCAUCAAGAGAUGAAACUUGUUGUUGAGCUUUUGCCUAGAACUGCCAUGAACAACAUGUAGCUUGAAUUCAAUGAAGGGUGCACUUAUAAGUGAGUUUCAUAAAGUAAUAUUUAAUAGGUUUUAUCAUGAAUCUUUGACUGGAGAUCUUCUUUGGGUUGACUUCAGUUGCUGUUUAGUUUUUCCCUUUUUGGGCCAAGGUGGUUUUCUCACCCAGAAAUGCCAAUUAUGGAACAUCCGUUGGCUUGUUUUUGCUCUUACACAAUGUUACCACCGGGAGCAUCUGUGUGCAUUCUGUGACUUUCUUUGCAAGGAAGCUAGUGUUUUUGUCGUUAUCAUCUUUGUUCAUUUCCUCUAGACGUGUUAUAAUCAUAAUGCUUGUUAGGAUAACUUAUUGUACACCUUGCAUUUCUCAUUGUGGCUCACGAUGCAUUACGUGAUUACAGUUUUAUUUUCACCAAAGUUUUACUCUGCUGUUAUCGUAUACCCUGAUUCAUACAAUAUCGAACUCUCAUGUGGUCAGAAUCAUUAUGAAUGUAGUGUUUCUGAAAAGGCUCAUGUAUUAGGUUAGGGCAGUAUGGUCUUUUACAAUUAUGGGUCCCUUUUUCUUAUACCUCAAUGAACUCUUUUUGGUCCCUUUUAAAUGGAGUAUGAGUUAGAUCAUUGUUUCAGUCCCUCAUCAUAUUCUUCCCCCCUUUUUUGGACAGGCCCUAGGACCACAUUUGAUUUGUUUAUGGUUUAGGUUAUAAUUUUGUUAUCCCUGUUUCGAUGGAAUGUAAAUGACUAAUGAGUUUAGGGCGUUUAUUUAGAUAUGUUACAAUGUUUACAAGUUGUCUAGUCGAACCUAGUCGCCAUGGGACCAAGACGAUUAAUCGGGUGACUUGUACAAGUCGACGGUACCCCUAAUCAGUCACCAGGGACUGAUUAGGAUGAUUAAUCGUGAUUAAUCAGACGACUUGUAAUGAAACUUCAUGUUGUUGAACUUUUGCGAAGAACUCCGACUGGUGCCAUAUUUAAUAGGUUUUAUUCUGGAAUCUUUCUGCUGACUUAAUCAGGAUCUCCUUUCAUUUAAUUUCAGUUGUCGCCUAAUUUUUUUCCUUUUUGGACAAGGUAGUUUUCUCACCUAACAAUGCUUAGAGUAUUGAACAUCUACUAGUUUGGUUUUCGUCCUCCGAAUUGUUGGAGAUCUUUUCUGAAUUCACUUUGGUUGUCUCAGGGGUUUUCUGUCUUUUUUUCGGACAGUUUUCUCACUCAGCAAUACUCCCUCCGUUCCAAAUUAAAUCAACUUCUAGAGCUAUCUAAGUCAAACUAUUUUAGCUUUGACUAACUUAUUUGGUAUCAUACCCUUUUCUAUAAAGUCGGUCAAUUCUUAAGAUAGUUUGACUUUGGGACUUAGCGUGAUUCUAGGAAUUUAUUUAUUUUGAGACGGAGGUAGUACCAAAUAUUGAACAUCUCUUGGCUUGUUUUUGCUCUUCUGCAAUGAAUGUUACCACGCGGAGCACCUAUGUUAGUAUUUUGUCAUAUUUUGGGACGGAGGUAGUAUCAAAUUUUGAACAUCUAUUGGCUUGUUUUUGCUCUUCUGCAAUGAAUGUUACCAUCCAGAGCACCUAUGCUAGUAUUUUGUCAGUUCCUCUCAUAAGGAAGCUAGAGUUUUCUCAUUAUAUAAUAUGUUACUUUCCUCUAGAUGUGUUGUCAUCAUAAUGCAUGUUAGUAUCAGUGUUUUCACCCUGUAUGUCUUCAUUGUCUCGACAAUGGAUUACAUGCUUACAGUUUCUCUUUUACAAUGCAUGCGAGAGUAAUUCGCUUGCAAGGAAAGUUAUUCAUGUAAAUCUUUGUUAGGAUGAAUCUGUGAGCCUUGUAUUUCACAGCAAUAGGUAAGGAAUCAAACUGGGCAAUUUAACUAUGAGGGAAAAUUGUCUUUCUUUAGUUGGUGCACUCCUGGUUCCUUUUCACCUAUUUUUUAACUCUGCCGUUUAUUGUAUGCCCUGAUUCAUAACUUUGU